UUGUGAACUGGCAAUUAAAAAAAAACUUGACAUUUUCUGAUUUGAUUCACAAUUUUUGUUUGCAGUGAAUUUUUACAACAAUCCUUGUGUUUUAUUUAACAAAUGUAGUAUUCCGUAGUCCCGGAGACUUUAAAUUACGGUUAUACCUUGAAUAAGACGUGAGGGUGAACAAAAUUUCAUCAUGACAGAAACACGAAGAAUACAACUUCACCUUGGAAAAUGUAUAGAGGAUUUGGACAAAUUACACAAUGUACCAGAUUUGAAGUCGAAAAGAGCUACUCUGUUAUGCAAAACAGCUCAAAAAUUAUUCGAAAGUGCAGAAGAAGCUCGCGAAAAAGGAGAUGAAGAGUACUCGUAUGUUUAUUACAUGAAAUAUCUUCGAGUGAUAGCUUAUAUCAGCAAGGACAAGGAGUAUUUGAAGGAUAAGUCUUACUUUAACAACAUGUUGGGUGCUAAGAAUCCUAACAAAGCAAUAGAUCACGCUGAAAAGCUGAAAAACAGCCUUAUUGACAGGUAUCAAAAGGAACAGAAAACAAAACGUCUGAACGAUAUAAAAGAGAAUGAGUUAAUAAAACAGAAGAUGGAGGAGAAUAGGAAGAAAUCAACUGAAUCUACACCUAUUAUAGAACCACCACAAGUCAUGGGGCUACCAGGGCCUGAUGAAGUGACAAUUAAGAGUGAGCAGCUGUAUGCUAUCCUAAAGAGUGGCAAGCUGAAGGUCAUGAUCUUGGAUGUGAGGUCUGCUAAGGACUACAAGGAGUCUCACAUACACUUCCCUGGCUGUAUCAGUGUGCCUGAAGAAGUUAUAUCACCUGGUCAAUCCGCCAACGUGUUGGAGCUGAGCCUGCCGCCGGAGUCGCGGCCGGUGUGGGCCGAGCGCGCCGCCAUGGAGCUCAUCGUGCUGCUGGACUGGGCCAGCACCGCCGUCAUACCCGGCAAGACGCUCUACCUGCUCAAGACCAUCCUGCUCCGGUGGGACGUGAAGGUGCAGUACUCGCGGCCGCCGCUGGCGCUGGAGGGCGGCUACGAGGACUGGCUGCUCAAGUACCCCGCCUUCACCACCAACCCGCAGGCGCAGCCGCCCAGGCAGGACGACUUCAUGGACGACAUGCUCAGUGAGAUUGAAUACCCGAAUUGGUCAGAGGUGAGUCCGUCAGCGGGCGCUGCCCCACCCAUCUCGCGGAAACCUGGAGAGCCCUUCGUAGAUAGGGCUAGCAAGGCGGCCGCAGUGCAGGUGUACUCGGAGCGGGCGCGCAACAUGCAGCUCAUCCUGGAGAAACAGGAGCGCAUCGCAGACAACUCACUCACGCUGGAAAUGCAACGGAUCGCGGCCGAACAGGACUGGGAGAAGGUUCGCGAGCAGCGUGAGGCCGAAGUGCAGGAAGAGCUGCGCGCCAUGUACAAGCUGCGGGAACAGGAGAUCAUCUCACAGCUCAUGCAGCUCGAGAACAAGCAGUACGAUAUGGAACAAGAGAACCAGAGCCUGCGCGAACAGCUGGAGGAGUACCAGCGGCGCGAGCGUGAGGAGGCCGAGAAGUUGGCCGAGACCAUCGCCAGCGCCAGUGAGGAGACCGACACCGCUGACGUCGAAGAGCGGCAGCGGCUGGUGUCGUCGCAGGCGGCGCUGGCGGCGCGCGAGGUGUCGCUGGCGCACGCGCGCAUCGCGGCCGUGCGGCUGCAGCGCGAGCAGCUGGACCGCGCGCGCGAGCUGCUGGAGGCCGAGCGCAAGCGCAAGCUGGCCAGCGCGCGCGCGCGCCGCAAGCCGCACGACAAGCCCGCGCACGGGGAUGAAGAUGGCGACUCAUACAUGAUGUCAUCAGACCCGGGCGCCACCGGACUCAACCGCUCACACUCCUCUCCAAACAUUGCCAAGCAGGUGUCUUCAGAUGAGGAAGAGCCGUGUGCGCCGGUGUUCGACCGCAGCACGAAGCCCGCCAAGGUGGCGCCCUCCAGCGACCUGCAUCAGAGGGACUUCCAACCAGUAUGGGGAGAUGUGGGUCGAGGGCUGACCGGUCUGAAGAACCUCGGCAACACGUGCUACAUGAACAGCAUCAUCCAGUGCCUCAACAACACCGCCAUACUCGUCACCUACUUCUGCAACGGACAGUACUUGGAACAUGUCAACAGGUCCCACAGCACUCGCGGCGCGAUAGCAGAAGAGCUGGCGGCGGUGGUGCGCGCGCUGUGGUCCGGACAGUACCGGUUCAUCGCCACCCGGGACCUGAGGAACGAGGUGGGCAAGCACCAGCGCGCAUUCCGCGGCUGCGAGCAGCAGGACUCGCACGAGUUCCUCACCAUCCUCAUGGACUGGCUGCACCUCGACCUGCAGUUCACCAUCAACGUGCCGCCGCACAAGGACAGCCUCCCUCCCUCAGAGAAGGCGUGGCACGAGUACACCAAGUCCAAGGAGAGCCUGAUCCUGCGGCUGUUCUACGGCCAAAUCAAGUCGACUGUCCGCUGCACCGUCUGCGGCAAGCAGAGCGUCACAUACGAGUCCUUCUCGAACCUCUCGCUGGAACUGCCGGCGAAUGCUAACCGGUGUACCUUGAGCGAUUGCCUAAAGCUAUACCUCAACGGAGAGACGAUACCAGGCUGGAACUGCCCCAACUGCAAGGAGAAGCGGGAUGCUGUCAAGAAGCUGGACAUCUCCCGGCUGCCCCCAGUCCUGGUCAUCCACUUCAAGCGGUUCUACGUGGACCCUAAGGAGUACAUGUGCAAUGCGUACAGGAAGAAACAGACCUACAUCGACUUCCCUCUAGAAGAUCUCGAUAUGAGGCAGUUCGCUCUGCACUGCCCUAAUAAUCACUCGUAUAAUCUGUACGCGGUGUCCAAUCACUAUGGGUCCAUGGAGGGCGGACAUUAUACUGCUUAUUGUAAGAGCAGCGUAUAUGGCAAAUGGUACAAAUACGACGACCACGUGGUGACGGAGAUCCCGGCGAGCGAGGUGAAGUCGAGCGCGGCCUACAUCCUGUUCUACACGUCGUGCGGGCCCGCGCGCGUGUCGUGAUACCCGCCGCCCGACACCAAGGACACUCACUUAACUAACUUUUAAAUUAACGUGUUCAACACACACUUUGAUUUAACCGUUACAUGCAAAUUACGAAGUGAAAGUGAACAUGUCGCAACGCAUGUUACGUUGUGCUGAACUGACGGUGAGCUUGCGAAUCUUACGAAUCUUACGAUCUAGUAUACUUAAUCCACUGUUAGAUUCGAAUAAAUCGUUAGGCAAUAGUCUCUUAUUAAUAUUUGAUUAUACAACGAUUGUAAAAGACCUCUGCCUAUUGUGUAUUAUAAAGACGUGGACGAAUAAGAUAAUCAGUUUAAAUCUAUUGCAAAUUAUAUUACAUUGUAAUUCAAUAUUCCAUUCUCAACUAGUUUGAGUUUUAUAUCAGUUUUGAAAGCAAUAUACCUGUAUACCUAAAUGUCUAGGUAGAAAACUGGACCUUAGUAAGGGAUAUUCAAACAAGACAUCUUGAAUUUCAAACAAAAAUAUACCUUAUAAUCCUUUACUACAAUUUGGUGUAACGCAAAGUGGUUUUUGUAAAGGACCACGCAAGCAUGUAUAUUUUAAAUGUUUGAUGUAAACAACGCCUUGUACAAACGCUUUCCAUGUGACGUCAUACAUAGGUUAAUUCAUUAAUUUAUUGUAAUAUUUGUUAUAAUUUUGCUUGUUGUGCAUUUGUUUUUUAGGAAAUGUUUUCGUCAUUUUUUUUUAGGAGUAGAGAGAAACGACUUUAGAUUUUCAAACGUUAUUUAGGUAAGUUUAUUAUAAGCCUGUGAUAACCCGCUGCAGGGAAAGGCCUUAUUUACCUCGGAAUAACUCGAAAAGAAAACAAAACCAUUGAAAUGUAUUAACGCCUAAUUUUGCCCUGCUCUUUGUUUCCAUAUUUGUCGUUAAAUAUAUUUUUUGCUGUUGUAACACUACUGAAUGCGCAAACAGUAUGAUACUUUUCAGUCUCCAGUGUCCAACUUCUAAGAUAUAAUUACAGUAUAGUUCACAACUUUAAUGUGCUAAGCUUUGAGUAUUCGGAAUUAAAAUUCAAAAGAAUGAAGAGGGAUGAAUAAACGAAAACUUGAUUUAAUUAAUUAUUAAGUACCUAGGUUUAAAGCCCAUUAUUUACCAUAUUUAUUACGCAGUAUUUUUUCAACAUUUCCUAAAAAACCCAGUGCGCAAUGAAGACGUUUCGCGACGUAUGUACAGUCGGCAACACUGAGAACGUUUCGUUUUAGUGUACACGUAAGUCUAGUGUCAUUCGUCGCUAGAAUUAAUGGCUAGAGUGAAUGAUGUUCGUAUUCUUAAUGUUUAUGAAUGAAAGACUGAUACAAAUGAUUGGUAUUGCAUGUUCAGCGCCGCCGGCGGGCUCCGUGCGGGUGACAGCUGUCAAAACUGACACCUGUCACUGUGACGUUCGGUUGAGAUUUUCUCCGCCCGCACGUGUAACUCUGUGGCGCUGUCGAUUCAAGUAGAUUGUAUUUAAUAUUUGUAAAGCACGUGGCCGCUUGUAUUUAGGUUACUGGUGAUUUAGUUUGGCAACCGGUUUGGAAAACUGUACUUUUAUAACUUGACUACUUGUUGUUAACUGGUUAUUUUCCAAUAUUUAUUACAUGUACAGACGAACAGUAUUUAGCACCUUUAUCAAUUAAUAGGUCAUAAUCAUAUUAUUAUGAUUACAAGUACCUUAUCUUUUUAGGUUUGAUGAUUUUUUUUUUCUUUCAUUACACAUCUCCUUUUGUUAAUCCCGGUUUUAAGGGACCUAUAUCCAAACUAAUUCGGAUGAAAUAAAUAGUUUAAUGAACUUACAGCUUAGCUAAUCCCAGUAUAACCUUUAGGAAAUGUACGCAUUAUGUGAUGGUAACAAGGAUUCGAUGAACACAAUACGAGGAAUCGUAGACUUGUAUAAGUUUUGAGAGUAUUUAGUUGGCAUAAAAUGUAUUUACCGAGAACUUUCUGUAAUCGCAAUGUAGACGAAAAUGAAUCUUAAGGCUUAGUGUUUAAGAUGGGUUUAACGUUUAUGCUUCGUAUUCUUGUAUAUUCUUGCUUGGCCAAAGGCGAUGAACAACGAUUCAUCAUCAUCAGUUUUCGAAUGUAUUACUACCAACAAUUCUAUAAAAUGUGCUAAUAGUUGACCUAAUAUACCCGUUGUAAGAAUCGAUCUAAGUAAUAUUGUCUCUCCUAUUAGGGUGAGCUAUGUAACGCCCCGUACUUAAUAGACAUACUUUGCAAUUCUUCUGCAUUCACAAUUUCCAUGUUCUCUUAAUGCGUGCGAAUAACUUAAUUGCAAUUCUAUGAUAUCUAUGGUCGUAUUAAAAUAUUUAAAUCAAAACAUCUAUGAAAAUGACUACCCAUAAUGCGUGCGAAUUCUAGUCAGUGAUCACAACGGCCGAGGAUUUGAACACAGCCGAACACGUGCCAUUUACAAAGAGGUUUUUCAUCAAUUUAACUAGAUUUGGUCUCGAAAACAUACUAUUUUGUUGAUAACUGUUGUAUGAACAUUUGUAUAUAGCAUACAGAAAUGGUUUAUUGUAUGUAAAAGUAAAUGUAAGACAAACUUUAUUAAAUUCUUUGUUAAUAUA